GCGAAGAUGUGAGCAGUUACGUUCUUCUGAUGCGCAACCAAUACUUUGAAUAAUUCUUUGAUUGCACGGAAGAACUCAAAACUAAGAGAAGAUCAUAGUGUUGUUACAAUGGCUACAAAUCUCAUGACUGAACCCUGGUUUCAUGGCUCUAUAUCCCGACAAGAAGCAGAAGAACUCCUUUUAAAAGCAGGAAAGACAGACGGACUYUUUUUAGUACGUGAAAGCGUAACACAAGUUGGAAGUUUUGCUCUUUCAAUGUGCUUCAACAACAGAAUUAUCCAUUAUCACGCUCAAAGACAACCAGAUGGGUUUGUAGCUAUUGAAGAUGGACCCAAGUUUCCUGGCCCAGUAGAGCUUGUUCAUUAUCAUUCAUUGCAAUUGGAUGGYUUGUUGUGUAAGCUUCUGAAACCAUGUCUUCGGCCACAUGGGGUUCGUCCUAAAACAUUUUCUGGAGUUCAUCAAAAGCAUAUCAAAGAUGCAGCAGAAAAAGCUCUGGAGUCCAUGGGUGUAGAAAAUGACACAGCAAUGCAGAGGCAAAUGGAGAGUUUCAUUGGUAAAGUUUUACACCAAAGUGAACUCUGGUUCCAUGGCAAUAUCUCCCGGGAAGAAGCAGAGCGAAGGCUGCAGCGCUGCGGAUGCACAAACGGUCUGUUUCUUAUCAGAGAAAGGAAGGCUCCACCUGGAACAUUUGCUAUGGGACUGUGCUACAAUGGUAGCGUUGUUCACUACCUGUUUGAUGUUGAUGCMACUGGACAGUUGUCAAUUCAGUCUGGUCCAAAGUUUGAAAACUUGAUGCUUGCUAUUGAUCACUACACCUUGCACAAUGAUGGGCUUUUGUAUAAUCUUAARGAACCCUGUGAUGCUUCACUGUUCGAAAGUCGGCGUAGGACUUUGCCACGCCCAGAGUUCCAGUUUCCUGGACGACCAGCAAGUAGAUCAUUUGGUGAAAAUGAUACAACACCAAGAUCACCCA